UAUCAUUGUUCUUCUUGUAACUUCACCUUGGAUAUGCGCUGUGUUCUGAACCCACCACCACAAUCUCUUGUUGAUUUGAAAGCUCAUGGUCACCAACUCACCCUCCUUCCAAGACUCUUUUCUUUUUCAUGUAAUGCUUGUGGGCUGAAAGGAGACCGAAGCCCCUACAUGUGUGUUCAAUGUGAUUUCAUGAUCCAUCAAGACUGUCUUGGUCUUCCACGUGUCAUUAACAUCAAUCGGCAUAAUCACCGUGUUUCUCGUACUUCGAUUCUUGGUGUUGUGAAUUCUGUGUGCGGAGUUUGUCGCAAGAAGGUGGAUUGGACUUGUGGUGGGUUUUCUUGUCAAAGGUGUCCUGGCUAUGUCGUUCAUUCUAAAUGUGCUACUAGAGAGGAUGUGUGGAACGGAAAAGAACUCGAAGGAGUACCUGAAGAAGACGAAGAUGUAGAACCAUAUGUGGUGGUAGAUGAAAACACAAUACAACAUUUCAGCCACAAAGAGCAUUACCUAAGGCUCCACAGGAAUGGUGUUCUCUAUGAGGAUAACAAGUGGUGUAGUGCAUGCACCCAUCCCAUCGGUCUCCAAUCCUUUUAUGACUGUAUGGAUUGUGAUUUUUCUCUCCAUCAUAAAUGUGCUGAAUGUCCUAAAAAGAAAUGGCAUGUGCUACACAAUGAACAGCUUACUUUAGUUACGAACAAGGAGCUACGUGUCUUCAGUUGUGAUGCUUGCAAUCGAACGUCCAAUGGUUUCAUGUACAAAGAUGGUGAUAAGAAGUUAGAUGUCUUGUGCGGUUCAAUUUCGGAGCCAUUUGUCCAUCCAAGUCAUCCCGAACAUCCCUUAUAUUACAUUCCAACAGGAGAACUAUGCGAUGGUUGCAGCAACAUAGAACGUCGGAUGCUUAGGUGCGUUGAAGGUGAUUGUGAAUAUGUAUUGGGUUUCAAAUGUGCCACUCUACCACAAGUGGUAAAGCACAGAAUAGAUGAUCAUCCUCUCUCACUAUGCUAUGGCGAGAAAAAGGCAAGUGGUAAAUACUGGUGUGACAUUUGUGAGGAAAGAACCUAUCCAAAUAACUGGUUCUACACGUGUAAAGAUCAGCGGGCUAGUUUGCAUACAGAAUGUGUGCUCGGAGACUUUGAAGGGCUCAUGCCAAGAAGCGUAGCAAAGUUGUGGGGCGAAUCAUAUGAGGUGGAGCUCAAUAAUAGUGUAACUCGCCCAUUUUGCAGCAGGUGUAAGUCUCGUUGCAUGUACCCUAUCAAACUCAAGUUGCUUGGAACCUCAGGAACAUACGCUUGCUCUUAUUUUUGCUCAUCUUAAUUAAUUUCGAGAGGUCUAUAGAUAUAAAUCAUUAAAACUAUAAAGUGUAAUAAAGUACGCCAUGAGGCAAGAUAUUUAUUCGUUUUAGAAUUUCUUGUA